AUGAAAUCUAAAAUAUCUAGUCGUGAACUUAAUUUAAGUGAAAAAUAUCAGAUACAAGAAAAUAUAAAACUUUUUAAAUGGUUUUCUUCUUCAAUUAUAACGUUUACAUUAAUUAAUAUUUGUUAUAUAUUAUAUCUAUUCAUAUCAGAAAAUAUUUUAUCAUUUAAAAAUGAUUUUACAUCACUUCAUAAUUGUUUACUUUUUAUUUCAUAUUUUAUUAUAGAAAUAUUUAUAUUAAUUAAAAGACAUAAAAAUAAAAAAAAAGCAGUUCAAAUUUGUGAAGGUGAUGUUUGUGUAAGAAUACCCAAAAAUAAUCCAAAUAAAAUUGUUCAAGAAAGAUUAAAAAAAGCUAAAUCAUCAGGUGGAGCAAAUAUAAAAAUAAUAACACAAGAAAAUAAAACAUUAAAUAUGAAUUAUGAUCAACAAAGUUAUUUCAAUAUUUUAAAACAAUCUUGGUAG